AUGCCCGUUGAUAAGUAUCGUAGCCGUAUUACCAACGUGCUUACUACCCGCUACGUUGUCAUGAGCAAUAAUUCCAAGGAUGGCGCCGAGAUCCAAGAGGUCUCCACAACCUCCGACUUCCGCGCUGUCCAUGUUCGACCAUUCCGUGCGGACGGAAACGUUACCAUGAUCUUCACCAAGCGCCGGUUGGGUUGCGAGGUGUGGCAGGGGGGAAGCGGCAACAAACCAAUCAGAGUGCCGGAUAACGUGUUCCAGCGGUGA